GUCUAGACCGAGGUUAUUCUGGGCUCCUCCAUUUUACCGUUACGAUCAACUUCUAAAUGAACUCCUACCUUCCGUCUCGUCUUCAACGUCUUCCUACGCCUCGUCUUCCUCUCUGUCUACUCCUCUCUCGUCUCUGCCCACCUCUAUCCCCUCUCCUUUGCAUCCUGUCUGUCGCUCUCUUUAUCUUUCCCUCUCUUUCUCUGUCCUAGCGGCCAAUGCCGUCUCAGACCGUCCCUCCAGUUCUACUGGAGCCGACUUUCACGGGUAUGAACGCCGAUGCCCCAGGAUCGAAGUCCGACAAUGACCAACGUGAAACAAAAGUAUCACUGGAAUCACUGCCUCUUCACGAUUACCCGCAUCCCUCGGGGAGGGAGCUUGACGUGGCUGGUCAGGACUCUCCAGCAUUCGCGACUCUCACCACCGCUCUCCAAUCUUCCACACUUGAGAACUCACGCCAUUCGUUACCUCUCUCACCAUCGCGGCGACCCAUGCACGCACACGCACGAAACUCCACUCCACUCCCUCACCACGUCCCUUCCAUCGCCCUCACAUCCGUAUCAUCCGUCUCCGCUCCCGGAACGGUCACUUCAACAACAUUCGACAUUCCCGGCACGAGUUAUAUCGACCGUAAUGAACGAGCCGGCUUACCUGGCCGAAGCGCUGAGCAGGAAUCCACGAGACGUGUCACCUCGUUUCUGAGUACUAACUCAAAGACUCAAAACGUAUUUCGAGGAUUGAAGAAUAGACCUUCAGGUGCAAGGGAGAGGAACCCGACGUCGAUGCAGCCUAUCUCAGAGCUCGGAGAGGAGGUCAAGAAGGAGUCUAAGCGGGAAUCAAAGGCAACGACCGUCCGAGGAGGAGGAAUGCUUAUGGAGCCCGAGCCGGUACUUUUCGAGGAGAUGAAAGCGCCUACGGGUGGGGGACAGGCCGGGAUGUUGUCUAUGCUACUACAGUACUAUGAUUCGAGGAGGGAAGAUGGUUUGCCGAUGGACAGCCAUGGCCAUCAUGCUGCCCUACUUUCUGGUCUCGACUGGAGCCACGAGGACUCAGACGAGUCUGAACCGCCGACACGGGUUGGCUCUCCGGAUAUCGAAAAGGCAUCAUGGAUCGAUGAUCAGGACGAGAGCGUUAAGGCUGCGCGGAGGGAGGAGCGCAGGCGAAAACGCGACACUGCUGCAGUCUUUAUUAAACACCACGUCGCGGAGAUUGUACAACGGCAAGAGUUCAUCCUUAAACUAGCCCGCGCGCUCAUGAUGUUCGGGGGCCCCUCCCACCGCCUUCAAGCGCAGAUACAAGCCACGGCACGCGUACUCGAACUAUCAAUCUCCUGCUUGUACCUCCCCGACGUCUUCCUGGUCUCGUUCGACGAUCCCGGCACCGGCACCUCGUUCCUCAAACUCAUUCGCCAAACCUCCGAGCUCGAUAUCGGGAAACUGCAGGAGACGAACACGGUUUACUGGCAGGCCACGCACGAUGAGAUUUCAGUGAGCGAGGCGAGCAAGGAGCUGGACAGGUUGAUGCUGGCAAAAUCUAUUUAUGGAAUGCCGGCGAUAAUCUUCUUUGGGGGGAUGGCGAGUGCGAGUAUCUGCAGCCUGGGGUUCAGCGGAAGUUUGGUCGAUAGCCUGAUGUCUUUCCCGCUGGGGGCGUUUGUGGUAUUUGUCCAGCUUAUGGCUGCGAAGAACGAGCUGUAUUCAAACGUGUUCGAACUCACCAUGACAACGUUGAUGAGCUUUCUUUGUGGGGCUCUAUCUGCAUCCAGGGUAUUCUGCUACACGGCCAUCGUUUCCAGCUCUAUCGUCCUCAUCCUACCCGGCUUCAUCGUUCUCAUCGGCUCCCUCGAGCUCGCCUCUCGGCAAAUCGUCGCUGGCGCCGUCCGUGUGGGGUUCGCCAUCAUAUUCUCUCUAUUCUUUGGUUUCGGUCUUGCUCUCGGUGCCCAAAUUUACCAACGCUCGACACACACGAACAUAGUUGGUAUUGAAGACUAUACUUGCGUUCAGAGCCACCGCAAGGACCUGUGGUAUCGGAAGACACCGUCGCCACAUUGGGCUUUCUUGACCGUUCCAAUGUUCUCUGUGUUUCUGAGCCUGAGGUGCAUGGCUCCGUGGAAUCGGAAAGAAAUCAUUCCUCUCGUCCUCAUCUCCUGCAUAGGAUGGGCCACGAAUCAUUUCAUGUCGCGUGUGUUCGUGAACCAGUUGGAUGUUAGCGCAGCUGUGGGCGGCUUCGCAGUCGGGUUCAUAUCAAACCUGUACGGCAAGAUGUUCAAGGGAAAUGCUUUUGUUGUCAUGAUCACCGGCAUUCUGUUCCAACUCCCCUCCGGUCUAUCCAACAACGGUCUCCUGCACUUCGCCUCCGAAGCAUCACAAGGUUACUCUGAAUCCUACCUUUCCGGGUUCCAAGUUGCGUUGCAGCUCAUCUCGGUGGCAAUCGGAUUGACGGUUGGGUUAAGUAUUUCGCUCGUCAUUGUGAACCCUAUUCUAAGCCGGAGGAGGAAGAGCGGCGUUUUCAGCCUUUGAGUAAGGUAUUGAUCGUCAUGAUUCUCUCUCCAUGGUCAACGCCCGCCUUCUCCGUCUGGUGUCUUGGUCUUAUUUACCGUCGUUACAGUCUUCUCUCCCUGUUCAUAUCCUUCACUCUCAUCGCGAUAUCAUGGUCCCUAGCACCUGGACCUCUCGCCAAGUUCCUCUACGCUCUCAUUCUUUGUUCUCCAUUGCAUCAUGCGCCCUCUGAAUAUCCUCCACCACAAUCAUAUAUUAUUUUUUCCGUUCUUGUAUCUAUAUGAUCCCUCCUCACGACAUACCACCAUUCUAGAGCUUUAGACUUCAUCGCAUCGUUAC